CAUGUGAACCUAUAUAAGGAGCAACUGAUGACAGGCGGCGUUUCAGACAGUUACGGCCUGUACAAGCAUCAACAUCUUCAACUCGAUCCUACCACAAUGAUUUUUCCAUCCGUAGCUGUUGUACUGAUGUCGGCGUGUGUGUUCGACCCAGCCAACGGCCAGUAUGGCAUGCGGUCGCAUCCAAUUUACAUGGGAAAUCCCGGACCGGCGUCGGAGCCGAUUCCCGGGCCUUUCCUACCGGUUUUGCCGAUUGUGCCGAGGCUGUCUCCGUACACCGUGUUCCGAAUGCCACCUGUCAUCAACGCCAAUCCCGUGCCCAUUGUGUCCAACUCAUUAGCACCGGCCAAGAACCACCGUCUGGCCGACCAGUCGGAGAUGUCACAGUUCCAAUCGCAGGAUUCCGACGGCAGAUUCGUGUUCGGAUUCAACACGGCCGACCAGUCCCGAGUGGAAGCCAGAAGUGCCGACGGAACGGUCCGAGGGUCAUACAGUUACACUGACCCCAUGGGUAAACAAGUACAGGCACAAUACUGGGACACGGGAGCUGGUUUUCAUAUCACCGGCAACAAUGUAAUGUCUUCGGAUUCGGGACACAUUCAAGACACUCCCGAAGUGGAACAGGCGAGGAACGAACACUUGCAGCUCUACCAGCAGACAUUAGCGUCGAUAUUCAACAACAACAAGUUUAACGAACAGAUAAACGAGGCGGAUCAAUUCGAAGACGAUCAACGCGAUGACGGAUCGCCCCCGAAGGAAGAAAACGAGCAAGUCAUCGUUUCCACUGCCGAACCGUCGUCGGCGGCGGCUUCCAGUGCAGCUAUUGUUGCGGAUGAUGAGACCGCCCAGCAGAUAACCGCCACGAACUCCUCCACUGCUAAUGGUAAUGCUACUGCUGCUGUUUCCACUGCUACCGUUACGGCUACAACCACGACCACGACCUCCACCGAAAGGUCGGCCGUACCCAGUCAGGACGCGGAUUGGACGAAUCAAGAAUACGACGACGACACCGUCAUCGUGGAUAACCCUAAUCUGAUGCGGAUAGCCUGGAGCACCGACGGAAGUUAUAGGUACGCCAAGAGGGCCGAUUCCAGGGAUAAGAAAUCGGUGAAGAUGUUCGGCGACAGAUUGGUCCCGCUCAAGUCGUACGUCAAAAGAGUGUAACCGUGUCGCACGCUCGCUAAAAUUGAUAUUAUUAUUAUUAUUAUUGAUGCGUAUUAGGACUGUAUAGUUUAUUUUGUACUCGUACUCCGUUUGCCGAGAGAAUAGGGUUGCGCAGAAGCAAAACAGCGUUACUAACGAAUGCGCCUGCGAGGACAGGAGUAAAGCGUUUUUGUUUCUGCGCAGCCAUAGUGUUCUCUCGGCGAACAUAGUAUUAAGUCUAGCUAGAUUGUGUGUGUGUGUGUGUGUGUGUUUUUUUUUGUGUAAUCACGUUUAAGUAUCAAACCUACACAAUGUAUUUAAUCAUCAUAAUAAUAUUGUUAAGGAUUAUUGCGCUUGCUCGCGUGAGCCUUUUUUCGAGCAAGUGGAAUAUUCAAAAUUACAAUUUUUGAGAGGACGCUACACUGUACACGUUACCUGUAUUUGUACUGAUAAGAAGGUUUCCGUAGAAAAUAAAUAGAAACUCAUUUCUUGAACGGAUUGGUAUUAACUAAAAUAGCGCGUCGUUAGUUCUAUUGUUAUUUUUUGCUUACCAAAAAGUAUAGUAAACUUUGGUUGUAUAGGUCUGCGAUUAAUUUCCAUUUGCUACUUUUAAACAGCUUUUCAUUUGAUUUCAUUAAAUAUAUAUUCAAGUAUAUUUUUUUGAAAAAAGACCAGGGCGUUUUUUCCGAAUUGUAAUUGGUUUGCUUCUUCCGGUAUUAGACGUUUUAGUGCUAAUAUACCUUUGAAGUAAGUAUGUAAUAAAAUACUUUGGAGGUUACAAUAUGUAUAAAUUAUUGGAAAACAAAUCCGUAUAGCGUUCUCAUUAAAAAUGUACAUGAUAUUUUCCUAAAAUUGUAUUUAUAAUAUUUUAUAUUCGUGGAUAAGAAAAUCAAUAUUAUAUAUUUAUUUUUAAUUUUUUAAUAAGUUUGUCUAUUUUAUUUGAAAGAAAAAUAUGAUUGUUUAAAAAGAAGAGUGAAAUACCCAUUUUGUAUCUUGUAAGUAACUCAGAUGACACUUUGGUAAUUAUACAUAGAGCCAAGUUUGGUAACUGUAAUCAAACGGGAUGGGUGUGAAUUUUAAAUAAAAUAAUUGAUAGUUUUUCCACUUUAAUUAAACGUUUGAAAUUAUUAAAUUAUGCUAUAUAAUGUGCUACAAAAAUAGAUAAAGCACAACAAUUUUUGUUCACAAUUACCUCGCUUGAUCUUAAUAUACUUAAAUAAUAUUAGUGUAUUUACUCAAAAAAUGUGCACUAAUGUACAUACUUGCUUGCUUGUAACACAUCAUUUCUUUCAAAAUUGCUAUUAUUUGAAAAUAUAUCUUCUAGUAACUAGUAAGUACAUUUCAGU